AUGAAACGGCCAGUCGACCUCGGGCAUUGCGACUUCGAACUCUCCCCUCUGGGGCUUCACUUCAGCGCAACCGCAUACUUCACUGAGGCAGCCACUGGAACCGGGCCCAGCCUCGGCCACACAACGAUCAGCUUCAGCCAAUGGAUAGACCUUCGAACCCUCUGGGUGUCCCAAGCACCACAGCUGGAACUCCGUCUCUUUGUGAGCUUUGAUCCGAUGAUCAAGGCCGCUGAACCCGCGUUUGCCACCGAGCUGGUCCGAGAAAUCGGCCUUCCAGAGGUAAGCGGCUCCCUCCGUCGGUCACUUUCUUGCUCGCGCUCAAUCGUGCUUCCCGGGGGAUGA